AUUUGCAUUUAAUGACCUUUUUAAACUUGUCUUUUUGACUACCUAAUCUUUUUUCCAGUAUAACAGUCAGUUUCAGUUAAUUGGAUUAGAGACACCGUCUGCUUCGGGGUUUUUAUUACCGAUUUUGUUCCCGUUCAUUCCUUUGCCUUAUAGACAUUAGGCUCCCAUGCAUGACAUCCAUUCUAUCGCUCCUGUCUAUCCGUAAAUCAAUUGCAUAACAUUAUAUCAAUAGCGCAUCUUUCGGCGUUUUAAAGUCUGCAAUAACGAUUCGUUCAUUUAGGGGUAAAGAAGGAUUUGCCGUAAACACGCCUCCCUUGUAUCGCCAUCCAUCUACCAGCGCUUGUUUGAUUUGCUUCAUUGUGUUACACUGGGCUCCCUUUAGCGCCGCGCUGCUUACGCAUUUAUCUUGGUUUAAGUUGGUUUGGACCUCACUAACCUCUUGGGAUUCCAAACACACUGUUUACAUGAGGCUGAGUUAGUCACGCAGUCCGCGCCCUGGGUUAAUAACCAUCUGCAGGUUAACUACCAUCUGCAGGUUAAGGGCAAAGGGAGUCGAUCACGUGACCCGCCACGAGUGACUGGAUAAAUAAUCCUGCGGAAAUUCAAGGUCUCACGCCGGUUCAUUAAGUAAUGUGAGCAUAGUUAUCGGAGGUGUGAAUGUACCUGGCGGGCCGGUCCGGGGACUUGGUUAGGAAGGUUUCUGAGGGAUCUCUCUGCGUUUGGAGUUGCUGUUCUCACACCUUGGUGCCGCUUUUUUCAGAUCACGAAGGUGAUGUGAGCCCCCUCUCAGCUUCUGUCUUUCUUGGAUCCACGCCCCCCUCCCCCCCCACAUGGGCUGGGCAGGAUGUAAUACCUCUGAGGAGCUCCCCUCUUCAUUUACCCCGAUCCAGGUGUGAGUGUUGGGGGGGGGGGGGGCGGCGGCACAGGAUGUUUGAAGUGAAGCCCAUGAAUUUGGACAAGGACUCCAGUGCUGGCAAGGGUGGCGAACGCGGAGCGAACCCCACCCAGUUUGAGUCUCUGGGGACAGGCUGCCCGCCGCUGUACCUCUAUGACAGCCAUGAGUGGGUGCUGUCAGCUGGCUGCUCGCCGGAGGAGCCCGAGGGUCUCUCGCCCCUGCUGGCCGAGGAGACCCUGCGCUACAUGACCUUCCUCACUCUGGAACCUUCCAGCUUCUCCCACCCCGGCUCCCGCAGUGUCUCUCAAGUCCUCAGCGGCGAGAGGGUGGAGCAGAUGACCAAGACCUACAAUGACAUCGACAUGGUUACUCACCUGCUUGCGGAGAGGGACCGUGACCUGGAGUUGGCCGCUCGCAUAGGCCAGUCGCUGCUGCAGAGGAACCAUGUGCUGCAGGAGCGAAACGAGGCUGUGGAGGAGCAACUGGCGCAGGCCCUGGAUCGGAUUCAGCAGCUGCAGCACGAGCUGGGCAAGAAGGACGAGCUGCUGCGUAUGGUGGCCAGCGCCUCGGAGGAGAGCGAGAGCGACUCUAGCUGCUCCACGCCGUUGCGUCGCAGCCACAUCCCGGCCGUAUCACCCUCUGUCAGCCAGCUGGAGGCGCUGCAGAGAAAGCUGCAGGAGCUGGAGGAAGAGAAUACGGAGCUGCGGUCUGAGGCCUGCCUCCUGAAGUCUGAGACAAUCACAUACGAGGAGAAGGAACAGAAGCUGGUCAACGAUUGCGUCAAGGAGCUCCGCGAGUCCAACAGCCAGAUGAUGACGCUGACGGACGAGCUGUCCCAGAAGAACGAGCAGGUCCUGCGUCACCAGGAAGAGAUCUCUCAGCUGCUGACCCAGAUUGUGGAGCUGCAGCACAGGGUGAAGGAGCUGGCCUUGGAGAAGGAGGAGCUGCGCAUCCACCUGCAGGCCUCCAAAGACGCCCAAAGGCAGCUGACUGCGGAGCUGAAGGAGGUGCAGGACAGGAACGCAGAGUGCGUGGGCAUGCUGCAUGAGUCCCAGGAGGAGGUGAGGGAGCUGCGCAGCAGGAGUGCGCAGUCAGCGGGAGUGCGCAGACACCUGCCCUACACGCUCUUCCCCGCGGACUCCCUGGCCGCUGAGAUCGAGGGAACCAUGAACAGGGAGCUGAGCAUGGAGGACGAGAGUGUGCUACAGGACCAGAGGAGCUCCCAGAAGCGUGUCUUCCAGACCGUGCGGUCCGUGAACGAGUCGUCCCGAGUGCAGCGGCUCUCCCAGCCCAUUCCCGGCUCCUCGCGCAGCUCUGUAGUCAUGACUGCUCAGCCCUUCCGCUCCACCCUGCCUCCAGCAGAGGGCGACAGCAACAGACCCAGACGGACCCCCCCUGGGUCCCCUGCCGCCGAGGACGACCUCUCCUCCGUGCUGCACCGCCUCUCUCUGCGACGGCAGAACUUCCUGUGCGAGCGCCGUUUCUUUCAGGCCGAGCAGAACGUGAAUCCGUCGGCCCCAAACGUGGGUGCCCGGGGGGGCAAGGGCAACGGCUGUGGCUCCCCUAGCCGCAGCACCCUCUCCGCCCCCAACCUGCUGGAGAUGUCUGCCACCCCCAGCUGCUACAAGACCUUCCUGCCAGAGAAGCUGCAGAUCGUCAAGCCGAUGGAAGGCUCGCUGACUCUGCACCACUGGCAGCAGCUGGCCCAGCCUCACCUGGCCACCAUCUUGGACCCACACCCGGGUGUGGUCACCAAAGGGUUCCGGCCCCUACCACAGGACGCCGUGUACCACCUGACCGAUCCGGAGGAGGACGACGACGAGUCAAGGGAGGCAUCCGCGUCGGACGGCCAUUGUAGUGACCAGGAGAAGAGGAAGGUUGAGGAAGAUGAGGAAGAGGAAGGCGGGAUCACCUUUCGGGUUCAGCUUGCAUCCACGCCAGAGGAGAAGACAAGAAAGCGACAGGAGAGGCCUGUGGUUUUGCCCGUCCAAUCAGUGCUUUCCCCUCUUGACUCGCCUCCCCGUCCUGCACCUCCUGGUCACCCCGGCCCCUGCUCUCCCUCUGCACCCCUCGAUCCCACAAAUAAGCUUCCCAGCACCUCGGCGCCCUCUUCAGAUCACAACCCAGGGAAGUGCCUAAGCUCCACCUGCUCCACCUACACCUUCACCACCUGCCGGAUCCUGCACCCCAGUGACAUCACCCAGGUCACGGCGAGCUCCCUUGGAGGCCUCCAAGCGUCCACCCUAGAGAACAUGCCCAGCUCCCUCCGCACGGGGCCCAGCACGCCCGUCACGCCCUGCCGCCUCAGCCUGGGUGACUCCUUUCCCCCUCGGCGCCCGUCGGGGCCCCGUGGCCUGGCCAAGCUGCUGCUGGAGAAGGGCAUCUCCGCCCAGGUGUCCUCCAGGAGCCAUCCGCUGGAACCCAAGCCCUCCCGGCGACCGGCCACGCCCCCCACCUCGCCACGGCCUGCCCUGUCGCCCACCCUGCCGUCAUUUGAUCCCCCCGCUGCCAGCGGCUCUGAGAACUUCCUGGCAUCGCGUCCCGCUGAGCUCUUCCUGCAGGAUGUGUACGGGCUGAAGCCGGGCCGGGCCCGCGUGGGGCUUCUGCAGCGGCUCCGUCGACUGGGGCUCGCCACGGUGCUGCCGGCAGAUGCAGUAGCGUCAGAUGGGCACCGAAAUCAGGACGCCGCUACCAUCCUGGCGACCAGCAGGGGGAGUCUUCUGGACGGCCUUCGCCGGAACCAGAGUCUUCCGGUUAUGAUGAGCGGCCGGGCUCCAUGUGUUACUAGCCCAGUACAGCUGCCCCGAGCCAUACCCUCAGAUCCCACCACCCUCACCCUACCCAUAACCCCCUGGGGCAGCCUGAAGGAUCCAGACCUCAUGCAUUCUUCAGAGGCUCUACUUCCUCCAUCUGCCCCCAAAUCCUAAGGUCCAGACACAACCGAGUUGGCGGGGGCAGGGAAAUUGCCUUAUUUGCUUCACCCCUUUUUCCAGAAAACAAUUCAUGCAUCGUGCAUUAGUGGUAAAGAAAAAACAUCCAUCCAUUGUUUUGGUUUAAUUUGAGCAGUUAAGCUCUGGAGACUUUCGCCGUCUGAACAAGGCGAGAGCUGCAGUUCGGAGGAUAAUGGCAUGGCCAGUGUUAAGGGGGACCGGCUGUCCUCACCUCGCUGUUCCCCCGGAGCUCCGAAGGUCAGGAACGUAGAUGUGAAUCGUGCAAGUCGGCGUCGGUGCGAGGAAGUCGGGCAGAGGGUAGCAGGAUGAAGGAGAAGCGGAAAGAUGAGGAGGCAGAGCGACUGCAGGGAUGGUUUGUGAUGUUUGAGGAGAGACUGGAUUCUGGGAAAGAGAAGCGGGAACUUCUUGCAGACGGUUCUGAUGAAGUCUUUACGGUGUCUACCUCCAAGCCUCGAGCAAGGAAGGGUUUUUAUGCAUUGUAGCGGUAGUGACCUUUAUAGCCAUUUAAGUGUUACGAUUCGAUACAACCAGUGCAGCAGCCUUUUAGUGAAAUAUUUAGCUAUAGUUUGCCGCAUCGGAUGAAGGCCGAUUUAUGCUCAGUUUGAAAAAUGAAGUGUUUUGCUUUCAUUGACGCCUGGGAGAGCUCAGCAGAUAACCUGAACAGGGAUACACAGUGCAUAUCAGAGGUCUGUAACUCCACAUCGUGGGUUUCAGGCACCUGUUAGUGCCCAACUUGCACUUGAAAUGAGAGUACGGUAAAUCUAUAGGUUUGGAGUCAACGGCCUUGAUCGCAGGCAGAGCUCUCCUUGAAUUACAAGCUGGUUGGAGAUAGCGAGGGGAGCACAGGAGGUGGGGCGAGACUGGGUAAGAACAUUAGCACAUUCGGAGUGCUGUACAAAUGUUCUGAUCCGAUAUUCAGUGUGACUCCCUGAGGUGUUGACUGACUGUCAGGGUCCAAAUCAGACAUGCACAGGUGGAGGACGGGUGAUAUGGAACAGUUCACUGAUUGCCACAGGUGUAGGUAACAGGAUAUGGGUAGCAUUUCAUUGUGACCCCUGACCCCAUUGUGACCUCUGUGUGACCCUGAUUCCAAGCUGCUCGUUUAGCUUAUUUACAGCACUUUUAUUAAUUUUAACUAAUAAAUAUUAUUGGAACAGCUUACUAUUUAUUAACAGUAAUACCUUGCUAAAUUAGCAUUAAAUGGAAAACCUGACUAGAUCAUUUGUUUUGUUCGGAGUUAAGGAUUUUGUGGUCCAUUUUCUUUGUUUUUGCCAUAUUGUAUAAACUGUUGAGCGAAUAUGAGAUUAUCUGUAAAUAUCUGUAGACAAAUCUGUCCUGCUUCUGAACUGCUUUUGUGCUAAUGCUGCCUGCAGUGGUGGGGGUGGAUGGGGGCUUAACAUUGCUUGUUUUAACCCUGGGACUUCGCUAACAGGCAGGGGGCGCUGAAGAGGCUUAUUUAAGGACAUAGACUUUCCCUUAACAUCUCUUACCGACCCUGGCGGCAGAGAACUAGUCCAUUUAUGAAAAGAUCCAUCUGAAGCAACACCACCACCAUCGUCGUUGGCUGGGUUUCCCCGGCGGCACUGAAAGCGACUCGGAAUGCAGGUUUCCCAGCAUCAGGGUGUCCACAGCACUACAUGCCACAGUAUGAAUCAUAAGUGUUUAGAUGGGCCUCUUUCAACCCCCCCCCCAGAACUGAAGUCACUGAUGUUUUUUUCCCCCAAUAAAGCAGAUUUUAAGAAUGAUAA